AUGUCAAUUGGGUACUCUAAACAUUCAAUUUCUGGCACAUUGGUCGCUUCUAAUCGGACAUCCACAAUAGCACCACAAGUCACUCAGCUCGUGGGAACUUCGAGACCCGUUCGUAAUAAAUACAGUGAGCACAGUAGUAUAUCAACCAGUGAUGUGUUCCAUUUCCCAGGGCACGGACCGGUCAAUCACUGGGACUCAUCCGGAAGCACUCUUCUCCUGGACUGGCAGGAUAAUACACUGACAGUGAAAGAUCACCAUAACCUGCGAGUGCAAAAUAUUGCCCCGUUUUUGGGAUACCUCUCUGCCCGCUCAACGGGCCUCAAUAUAGUCGAUGACCUGGCCGACGAAUCCAUUAACCUCGCUAGCGCUUGCCAGUUGGCCGGGUUUCGACACGUAGGAACCAUGUGGGAGGUUUCUGAUGCGCGGUGUGUGGAUAUAGUUAAGGUAUUUUAUGAAACUGUACGAGAUGAGGGCGUGACAGAUGAGUUUGUACCGCUGGCACUCCAUCGGGCUGUCAGGUCUAUCCGAGACAGGGAAACUAGAAUUGUGGGUGAGAUGCGUUCAAGGUGGGCACUUGGCGAGAGGGACGCAGAGCUUUUGGAUGAUGAAGGUAACGGACCAGGUUUAUGA